UCCCUUCCCCUCCCCUGCGACAGCGACGGAGGAAGCUGACGAGAAGUUUAGCUUAUUUUUCUUCUCUCCAAAUCCGUCCCUUUCGUACUCGAGCAUCUCCCCACGAACGGAGAAGAAGGCUAUAAAUGCAGCCUCGUGGAUGCGUCCAUCCAUGUCCGUGUCCUACUCGUACCUUGGAGCCACCAAUUGCACGGUUGAGGAAGCAUCAAUAUAAAAGCAUGGAUCAGUACGAGGUGCUAGAGCAGAUCGGUAAAGGAUCAUUCGGUUCAGCUCUUCUUGUGAGGCAUAAAAUUGAGAAGAAGAAGUAUGUCUUGAAGAAGAUUCGUCUUGCUCGGCAGACUGACAGGUGCCGCAGGUCUGCCCACCAGGAAAUGGAGCUUAUUUCUAAGGUGAACAACCCGUUCAUUGUGGAAUACAAAGAUUCCUGGGUUGAAAAGGGUUGCUAUGUGUGUAUUGUGAUAGGUUAUUGUGAGGGCGGAGAUAUGGCUGAAGUCAUAAAGAAGGUCAAUGGAGCUCUUUUCCCGGAGGAGAAACUUUGUAAGUGGCUUGUUCAACUACUUAUGGCACUUGAUUACUUGCACAUGAACCAUAUUCUGCACCGUGAUGUUAAGUGUUCAAAUAUAUUUCUUACGAAAGAGAAAAACAUACGUCUUGGUGACUUUGGUCUUGCUAAAAUUUUGACCUCUGAUGAUCUAGCUUGUUCUGUUGUUGGCACUCCUAGUUACAUGUGCCCUGAACUUCUCGCUGAUAUACCCUAUGGUUCUAAAUCUGAUAUCUGGUCCCUUGGCUGCUGUAUAUAUGAGAUGACAGCCCUCAAGCCUGCAUUCAAAGCCUUUGACAUGCAAGGUUUGAUAAACAAAAUUAACAAGUCCAUAGUGGCUCCUCUGCCAAGCACGUAUUCUGGUGCAUUUCGAGGACUCAUAAAAAGUAUGUUAAGAAAAAACCCAGAACAUAGACCGAGUGCUGCUGAACUGCUCAAGCACCCACACCUUCAGCCUUAUGUGCUUGAAGUCAAUUUAAAGUCUCCUACAUGGAAUAGGCUUCCUAUUAUGCAAACUAAAAACAAUCAUUUGAAGAAAAUUACAUUCCUUGAUGCCAGCAAUGAUUCCAUGUGCAAUGACAUGGAGAAAAGGAGGUCUUUCAGCAGUGAGAAGAUAUUGAAACUGAAUAAGCCUGUAGCUGAGCAUGACUCUUUUGAUUCCACUCAGACAAUUAAAGUUUAUCCAAAUUAUCCAAACCAAAGACUAAAAGGUCAGGUUGGGGAUAUAGAUGUGUAUAAAGCGAAUAGUGAGAAACACUCGCCUACUGUGAAGACACCCAGAUAUACUCCUAAAUCCUUCACAACUCCAAGGAAUGUAGUGGAGCCAUCAAAAUCAUCGCAUACUGGAGGAGAUCAUGAACUGCUUCCAUCACGAAUUACAACAGAUAAAAGUGGACAACACACUGGAAGAACAUCUCUUCCUUCAUCGAAAUCUGAGACCCCUUAUAGACACAAAGUUGGUAUUAUCAACCCGAUGGAAUCCCCCGAUAUUUCAGUGAAUUCCCCUCGAAUAGACAGAAUAGCAGAAUUUCCAUUAGCCUCAUUUAAAGAGCCACUGUUCACCAUCCAAAAGCUCCCUUCGGAUCAUGACUCUUCUCUCAUUCCUCAUUGCGGAGACUGUUCAAUCACCAAAGAUAAAUGCACUGUUCAAAUCUUUCGAUCCAAAGGAAACAAUAGGAACUAUUCUCCAGACCGAAGUCCAGUAGCCGCAGAUGUGUCAAGUCGAGGCUCUUCUGAAUCAAUGCAGCGGAGGUUUGACACCUCAUCAUAUGAACAGCGGGCAGAGGCUUUGGAGGGAUUGCUUGAAUUUAGUGCACAGUUGCUACAACAGGAGAGGUUUGAAGAAUUGGGGAUUUUGCUGAAGCCAUUUGGCCCUGAGAAGGUCUCCCCAAGAGAGACAGCUAUAUGGUUAACAAAGAGCUUUAAAGAAACUGCAGUGUGUUGAUGUAUUCAAGUCUUUUUGUUGCUGCUUACUUCAUAGAAAUCAAAGUGAGCUUGUCACUUUAUUAUAGAUGGUUGUCUUUGUUAUCUUAAAGCUAUGUAACCUGCAGUAGGUUGAAAGUCUGCCAACGUAUCUUGAAAUUAGAUGUGGUUUCUCUGUAUGACAUAUAUUAUUACUAGGCUAUGUUGAUUUUUUAUGUUAC